AUGGCAUUCUCCUUCUUGCCAGAACUACUCAUCUCCAUGUUUGUGCUACUUGUAGUUGUGGUAGGUUCCUACUACAUCAAGUCAAGUAAGAAUCCAUUGCCGGCGGUGGACUGGCCAGUAGCCGGUAUCCUCCCAUCCCUGGUCUACAACCUCCAUAGACUGCAUGACUACAUCGCCUUUGACCUCCUAGCGCCCUCAGGGCACAGCCUAAAGUUUGCCAUUGUGAACAUUCGAUUCUUCAUGACGUGCGAGCCGGCGAAUAUCCAACACAUCUUCACCUCAAACCACGCAAACUAUCCCAAAGGCGAGGAGUUCGCCGACAUCUUCGACGUGAUGAGGGGCUCCAUAUUCACCGUCGACGGCGAGUCGUGUCGCCGGCAGCGGGCGAACUACCAGGGCGUGUUGAGCAGCCCACGGUUGGUUGGCUUGAUGACCAGGUGCUGCCGCGACAAGGUGGAGAAAGGCCUCCUGCCCUUCAUCACCCACAUGGCGAGAACCAAUUCUCCCGUCGACAUGGCUGAUCUGAUGACGAGGCUCGUGUUCGACCUGUAUGCCUCCAUCAUCUUCGGCGUGGAUCCUGCUUGCCUAUCACUCGAAAUGCCACCCGUGCACGUCGCGAACGCGAUGGACACGGUCAUGGAGGUGGGACUCACCCGGCACAUUGUGCCGGCGUUUUGCUGGAAGGUGAUGAGGCGCCUAAACAUCGGCCCGGAGAGGAAGCUCGCCGCUGCGCAAGCGGUGCUUCGCUGUUUCACCACAGACAUGAUCAUGGAGAGGAGGAAGAAUGGCCAUACUAUUGUUGCCCAAGAAGAACCUGUGGACGUCCUGUCGAGCUACAUCAAUGACCCGGACUAUAAUGGUGAUUUGCUCCACCCGACGCUCAUCACCUACAUGAUCGCCGGGAGGGACACCAUCGGCACUACUUUGCCGUGGAUCUUCUACAACCUCGCCAAAAAUCCUCACGUUGUGUCAAGCAUCCGUGACGAGCUGGCACCCAUCAUGUCCCGGAAAGCAGCCAUUGCUAAUGCCAGCGCCGCCAUGAUGAUAUUAGAGCCAGAGGAGGUGAAAGCCUUAGUCUACCUGCAAGCUACCUUGUUGGAGUCACUUAGGUUGUACCCGCCGGUCCCUAUCGAGCGCAAGUCUGUGGUCGCUGCUGAUGUGAUGCCGACUGGCCACGAGGUGUGUGCCCUGGACAUCGUCCUCAUUUCCCUCUACUCCGUGGGAAGAAUGGAGGCUGUGUGGGGGGCGGAUUGCCAAGAGUACAGGCCAGAGAGGUGGCUCUCGCAGGACGGUCGCAAGUUGCGAUUCGUGCCCUCUCACAAGUUUAUGGCAUUUAACUCAGGGCCAAGGCUAUGCCUCGGCAAGGACAUCGCAAUCAUACAGAUCAAGACCAUCGUAGCUGCUGUUGUGUGGAACUUUGAUGUGAAAAUGUUGGAUGAUCGGGCCAUCGAUACCAAGUUGUCAUGCCUUCUACAGAUGAAGGAUGGGCUUAAGCUGAAGCUCAAUAAGCGAGAAAUGUGA